AUGACCAGUUCGAUGCAGUGGUGGCAAAUUGGUCUCACACACGAGCAAAUGCAACAUGCUCGAUUGAUCAACGCGCAGCCUGUCAAGCAGAUUCAUCAUCCACCUAGACACUCAUAUGAGCUGAUCAGAACAGCUCGACUCGACGUCGGAGGAAUACGCUAUGUUCUGGUGCACAAACGUUGCUACAACUCUUUGCACCGUUACUACGGUCAUACGGUGAGACUUUAUGAGGUUCCUCAACAACAAGCAAGAUCUAAACUACUCGUCGAAGAAAUCACCUCAUCAUCAUCAUCAUCCAAUCGCUCGUCGAACCGUCCUCAAUCACUAGCAAAUCAGCACCGUUUCAACUCAGUUCACUCAACAAAACCACAAACAUCCACUGAGACGGUAUAA